GCACAACAACAGUAGACCAACACCUACCUCACAACACACAGAGAUAUUAACAAGAAAAGGGAAAUCUUGAAAUUUCUCAUCUUUUAGGGUUUUGAAAGCUGAAAAGAAACCCUAUUUGCUUUGAUUCUAUCCAUCUUUCUUUACAUACUUGAUUGCUUCAUCUUAGAAGAAGGGUCAUCCAAGUUUCCAGCUUUUCUAGAUCUUGUUCAUAUAGGAAUCUAACUGUUUUUAGAAGAUUUCAUGAAUUCAACCAUCUAGAAAGAGAUCAAGAAUCUUGUUUUGGAGGGGUUUUCAAGAAAAUGGGUUACAGUUGUGAUUACUGUCGUGAGGCAAGAUCGAUGGUCUAUUGUCGAUCGGAUGAGGCCUAUUUGUGUUUAUCGUGUGACCGAAAUGUUCAUUCUGCAAAUGCCCUCUCGAAACGCCAUUCUAGAACGCUGGUUUGCGAUAGGUGCAAUUCGCAACCGGCGGUUGUUAGAUGUGUUGAUGAAAAGCUAUCGCUUUGUCAGAAUUGUGAUUGGGAGGGUCACAAUGUGUCGAAUUCCGCUAUUAGUAGGCAUAGUAGGCAGACUCUGAAUUGCUAUUCUGGCUGCCCUUCGGCUGUAGAGCUGUCUUCUAUUUGGUCGUUUAUGUCGGAUUCUCCGUCUGUUAUCGAUUCCACUUGUGAGCAGGGAAUCGGGUUAAUGAGCAUUGCUGAUAAAGAUCGAGAUUUAUCCGUGGAGGAUAUGCGGGAAGGAUUGAAGUCAAAUGUUUGGAUGAGUUCUUCGCUUGUUCAAUCUGGCAACAGACCGAUGAAUGUAGUUCAGCAAGCGGAUCCGAAAGAUUGUUCUACAUCUAAGGUAAAUUUGAGUUGGGUUUUUUCAGUUUCAGCAGUUUAUGAAUUCAAUAUCG